AUGGCGGAGAUCCGCGUGUUCCCCCUCUCCUGCGCCGUGCAGAGCUACUCCUGGGGUAAGGUGGGGCUGGAGAGCGAGGUGGCCAAGCUGUUGGCCAGCAGCGACCCCCUGGUCCAGAUCCAGCCCGACCAGCCCUACGCAGAGCUCUGGAUGGGUGCGCACCCCCGGGGCGAUGCUGUCAUCCGGGAUAACCGCAUCCCCCAAAAAACCCUGGGCCAGUGGAUCGCCGACAACCCUGCCUGCCUGGGGGCAAAGGUGAAGGACGCCUUCCAGGGUCGCCUGCCCUUCCUCUUCAAAGUGCUGUCGGUCAACACCGCCCUCUCCAUCCAGGCGCACCCCAACAAGGAGCUGGCGGCGAAGCUGCACGCUCAGUUCCCUGAGCACUACCCUGACGACAACCACAAGCCCGAAAUGGCCAUCGCUCUCACCCCGUUCGAGGGCUUGUGCGGCUUUCGGCCGGUGGAGGAGAUCGUCUCCUUCCUCCAGACCGUCCCCGAGCUGCGGGCGCUGAUCGGGGAGGUGGCGGCGGAGCAGCUGGAGCGCAGCGGGAGCGACGACCCCCGCGGCGUCUCGGCCGCCCUCCGCGUCUGCUUCACCCGCCUGAUGAAGAGCGAGAAGAAGUUCUUCGUCGACCAGCUGAACAUGCUGGUGAAGAGGAUCUCCCAGGAAGCGGCGGAAGGGAAGGACACGUCGGGGAGCAAUGGGGACCUGCUGCUGCAGCUGCACUCCCAGUACCCGGGUGACAUCGGCUGCUUCACCAUUUAUUUCCUCAACCUGGUGAGGCUGGAGCCGGGGGAGGCCAUGUUCCUGGGAGCCAACGAACCCCACGCCUACCUGCAUGGAGACUGCGUGGAGUGCAUGGCGUGCUCGGAUAACACGGUGCGUGCUGGGCUCACCCCCAAAUUCAUCGACGUCCUCACCUUGUGCGAGAUGCUGAACUACACGCCGGCGCCCAGCAGCUCCAAGAUCUUCCCGGCCGCGCAGAGCCAGCUCGACCCCAGCGUCUACCUCUACGACCCGCCUGUGCCAGACUUUGCCAUCAUGAGGAUAGAGAUCCCCCCCUCCAUCAAGCUGUACCUCGUCUCCGCCGUGGACUCUGCCAGCAUCUUGCUGGUGAUCCAAGGGACGGCCGUGGGCACCUCCACAGCCGCAGCCUCCGAAAUGACUCUGCGUCGCGGCUCCGUGCUCUUCAUCUCCGCCAACGAGAGCAUCUCCCUCCACCUCUCCUCGCCGGAUGGGAUGCUGCUCUUCCGAGCCUGCUGCCUCCUCUGAGUGUGACCCGAGAUGCUUCCCCCCCCAUCACUCCACAUUUGAGUAGAUAGAAACUGGCCUGGGCAAAGUCAUCUGGCUUGGAAGUUUCCCCUCCAUCUAUUAAAGCCCCAAAACAGCCCGCACCCAAUGUGUAGAGAGCAAUUCCACGAAUCGACUCCUUGGACGUGGCGCGGGCAGAGGAAGAGCAUCUCCCCUCGCAGCUCACGAGCCACGUCCCCGUAGCAUCAUCCCCUCUGGGUGCUGCCAGUGCCAUACGGUGACUCCUUUUAUUAUUUUUUUUUUCCCCCUUCCUUCUCAUUGAGAAGCAGCAGGGAGGCCCGAGGUCUGCACCCUGGGUCUCGAGCAUCUCUGCCCGGCUUCUAGGAGCUGCUGCUCCCUCCUGCGAAUGUGAUGCUGAGGCUUUCUGCUGCUCCUGGGUGCCGGGUGGGCUCUUCCCGAGCCCGGCCGAUGGCAGGCAGUCCUCUGAGCCAUGUCACCCCUUCCCCGGCUGUAAAAGGGGGCUGCUUGGCAGGGUGAUGGAGCUGGAGAGCCUCCGGUGCUGUGAAUAAAGUGGUGACUUUGUCCUUGG